UCUGCCGUAAUCCUAACCUUCAUAUUAAACUAAAUUAAACACGAUGAUGACAGUUCAUGUUAACACUCUCAGCCCCGGCUAGGCUACAGUACUGUCUUUAUCUUUACGUCAGGCGCGUUUUGGACGACCGCCGUAAAGUGGGCCGUAAAGCGGCGUUGCCAUGGAGACGCAGAGCAGGAAGAACAUUCCACUGUUGACAGACUGGUAAACCUAAACCUUCUCGGGGUUCUCUCCUGUAACAGAUAAACACUGUCCGCUGAAGUUGAAUAGACCGACUCGUUAACACUAUUGACAUCACCGGACGCCCGUGUUGAGGCUGCUGCCGCGGUCUGAGUCAACAGGAUCAGGAUGCGUCGGAACCCCCCCCCGCGUGGUCAGGCCCCCCCCCCGCGGGGUCAGGGGGCCGCCCGGGCCAAGCAGAUGGGUCUGCUCCUGGACCUCACCCCCGAGGGGGAUGCGGAGGACGGCGGGAACGAGGAGGAGCUGGAGGCGGAGCUUCUGGCACUGAUGGGAGGGGCAGGGAAACCAACGGCGAAGAAGAACGGAGGCAGAGCUCCUGUCCCCAUGGAGGAGAUUGAGCGGAUGGCGGCUCUCUGCAUGAAAGAUCUGGACGAGGACGACGUGGGAGAGGAAGACCUGGACGAUGAGGACCUGCUGGCGGAGCUGAACGAGGUGUUGGAGGAGGUGGAGGAGGAGGCUCCCCGACCCACCCCACCUGUCACCAUGGUAACCGCCCCUCAGCCACGCCCUCCCCCGGGCGGGGCCAGCGGACCGGAGUCCGUCCUCCUGGAGCGCAUCGCCAUGUACCAGGCGGCCGUCGCCAACGCAACGGCCUCAGGGGAGACGAGCAAGGCCCGCCGCUACGACCGCGGCCUCAAGACUUUACAGUCCAUGUUGGCGUCGGCCAAAAAAGGGAAACCAAUCAAUGAGGAGGAUAUGCCACCGCCUGUCGCCACUGGUGGAAAGCCCAAUGUCCCGCCUCCUCAGCCUGAGCCAAUCAAGGAGCGCGAACAGCCAGCGCCAAACCUCAUGCCUUCUCUGCCAACGAAUCAGAAGCCGCUGAGGGAAGCACCGCCUGUAAUCCCAAACGUUAAGCCUCACUCCCUCACCCCCCCAAAGGCAGCCUCCACCACCCUGACCCCCGGGACCCCAGCCAUCUCCCCCCUCACCCCCGGACACACACACUCACAGCACUCAGAGCUGAAGCAGGCGGUGCUAUCCAGACAGAGGGACUACAAGAUGGCCGCCAUCCACGCCAAGCAGGGCGGAGACUCAGAGCUGGCCAAACAACACUACCUCAUCGCUAAGAGACUGGACCCUGUGCUGGAGGCCCUGGACCGGGGGGAGCCUCUGGACCUCCGCUCCCUCCCACCAGCGCCGGCCAGACAGAGCCCUGCCCCCAGUCCGGCCGGGCCCCCGCCCGCGCCCGCUGCCACCCCGACCCCGGGCCCUGUGGCCCCUGCUGAGCUGGCGGCUCCUGGCAGUGUGGAGGAGGCCCUGACCCAGAGGAUGGACCGCUACAAAGCAGCCGCCACCACAGCCAAGAGCACCGGAGACGAACGCAAGUCCCGCAUGCACCAGCGCAUUGUCAAGCAAUACCAGGACUCCAUCAAAGCUCAUAAGGCCGGUCGGCCGGUGAACCUGUCGGAGCUCCCCGUGCCACCAGGCUGUCCACCACUCCAGGGUUUAGACGUUGGGCAGCAGAAUUUCAUGGGUGUCAUGGAAACAGCCAUGAAAUUAGCCAAUCAGGAGGCAGAUGUGGAAGAGGACAGCCAUGCAGACGCUGCAAAGCCGAUCGCUCGGCCCCAGGCUCCCAAAGCCCCAGCCGCCCCCUCUCAGGCCCCCGCCAAGAUGGGAGCUAAAGCUCAGCAGCAGCUGGAUUUCUUAUUGCUACGACGACAAGGACUGACCAAUGCAGCACUGCGGUCGAAGCAGAUGAAGGACCUCCAGGGGGCGACGCAGCACCUCCGGCACGCCAAGGGGCUGGACGCCAUGAUCACCGCCGCUAGAGCCGGCCUCCCCGUGGACAUCUCACAGGUUCCCGACGCUCCGGUCUCUGAGGAGGCCUUCUCCCUGGGCCGCCCCCGGACCCCCCUGUCCCCCCGCUCCGGGGCGCAGUACCAGCAGCUGAUGGAGCUCCUGAGGAAGCAGCACCAGAAAUGCCGCGGCUACUGCAAGCAGUUCACCCAGAUAGGAAACCUGGCCGAAUCACUCAAGUGUGAGAGGCUGGCCGAGGAGUGCAUGAAGAGCGUGGAGGUGCUGAAGAGGGCCCACGCCCAGGGCCACGGGGCCCCCCGGGCGCGCCACGAGGAGCGGACCCUCAACGUGAUCAGGGUGAACCCCGACCUGUCGAUGAACGACAUGAUGCUUCACAUCAUCAGAGGCAUCAAUCUACCCACCCCUUCAGGCGUCUCUUCCAGCGAUCUGGACUCUAGUGUGAAGUUUGAGUUUCCUUUCCCAAGUGUGGAGGAGGCGCAGUGUGACCGGACGACCACGGUCCGCUCCACCUCCAGCCCCGAGUUCAACGAGAGCUUCAGGCUGAGCAUCAACCGGGGCCAGCGAGUGUUCAGACGGCUGGUGGUCAGCAAGGGCAUCAGGCUGGAGGUCCUCCACAAGGGAGGCCUAUUCAAGACGGACAAGGUGGUGGGCGGCGCCCAGCUGAAGAUGGACGCCCUGGAGAACCAAUGCGAGGUCCGGGAGAUCCUGGAGGUGCUGGACGGCCGGCGGCCCACCGGGGGGAAGCUGGAGGUCCGCCUGCAGCUGCGGGAGCCCCUGGGGGGGGCGCAGCUGCAGGCGGUGACGGAGAAGUGGCUGGUGCUGGAGCCGCCGCCCCCCUCCCCCACCAAGAGGCCCAAGGACCGGGCUCCCCCUUCCCCCCGCUCCGGGCCGCGGGGUGCCCCCCCCCCCAGCAGCUCCCCUCCAAAGUACAGCCUCCACAGCUUCAGCCUGCUGCACCACGAGAAGGAGGGCGUCGAGAGGAAGCUGGUGGAGUACAAGAGGAGCCGCCGUGAGCCCCCAGCCGACCUGCUCCUUCAGCACCGAGAGCUCGGCCAGCGCCUGCAGUGGCAGAAGACCCAGCUGGAGAGAGGGUCCCCCGCCCUCCUGCAGGACUACCAGGCUGUGUUGGGCCGGUUCGUUCAGGGCCUCGGUGACUCAGUGAAGAAGUUCUCCAGCCAAGGGAACCGGGAGGCUGCCAAAGAGGCCCUGGGCCGGCUGAAGUUGGUUGAGAUGGAGCUGGAAUCUCUGAAAAGAAAGCGCCAUGCAUGAGUGAAGAGAAAGAGGAUAACGAACGAGACACACACACACACACACACACACACACACACACACACACACACACACACACACACACACACACACACACACACUCCAAUGCCUUGCUUUAAGAAUGUGUCCGUCAGAGUGAAUCCUGUUCAGUGUGUAAGACAGGAGAGAGCGUCAUCGUGACUUCAGCAUCCUUUCUGCUAAGACGAUUGAGUUGUUUGUGUAGAAGCUUAACGACAAAAGGCAUCCCUCCUUUAGAGGCGUUUCAGCUGGGCGGGGAUAACACGCUGCUUAUUUGCACUUGAAACCUAGACGAGAACACUAGCAGACAGUCUUUGUGCUUAUUUUUCUAUCUCUUUUUUUCAUGUUGAUCUCAGGCAAAGAGGUCUUAUAUUAUAACGAUGUUCAUGUAACUCUUCAUGUAUACGUGGGCGGCAAAGCUGUAAACCAGGAGCUGAAAAAGGUGUCUUGAAUAACUUCCCAAAUUGAGCGUUUAAUAGGAUUAAUCUAAUCUCCCAGAUCACAGUAAAUGGCCCUGUAUGGAGGAGAUAUGAGGGGGGAACCACUCCAUCCCAUAAUGAGGGAUUAAUGUUGGUGUCACCAAGGAGACGACUCAUCGAGUCACAGAGCCAUCUCAACGCUCUAGAGGAGGGACCUAGUGAGGGACCUAGAACCUAGUGAGGAACCUAGUGAGGGACCUAGUGAGGGACCUAGUGAGGGACCUAGUGAGGGACCUAGAACCUAGUGAGGAACCUAGUGAGGGACCUAGUGAGGGACCUAGAACCUAGUGAGGGACCUAGUGAGGGACCUAGUGAGGGACCUAGAACCUAGUGAGGGACCUAGUAAGGGACCUAGAACCUAGUGAGGGACCUAGUGAGGGACCUAGGACCUAGUGAGGAACAUAGGACCUAGUGAGGGACUGUAACCAUAGAGAUGCUUCCUAUUAUUCCCCUAUCCCCUGUUCCUCUACAGCCCUCUGUCUAUCUCCAUGCAGUCCAUAAUCAAACAGAACAUCUAACCUAUGUGUGGAACAACCCAUGAUGCAAUCUGUUUGUGUGCAGCGGAGGACCUCUUGAGAUGGGUGAUUGGCGGGUCUGUGCACCAAUCGCAGCUCUGAGUCAUUGCAGCAGUAAACUAGUAUCUUGUUCUGACGCCUCUACUUAACCUCUACGAGGCUCAGCGGAGGUGCAGGAGCUCUGCUGGUUCCUUUCUGCCGCCUGAUGGCGCUGAUGCUCUGCUGUCAGUCUGGAGGCCCUGGGUCGCUCUAAGACACAAUAAGACAUCAUUCCUCCCUGCAGAGGAGAGCCUUCUCCCCUCUCUCCUCUGGGCUCCUCUCCUCUCUCCUCUGGGCUCCUCUCCUCUGGGCUUCUCUCCUGUCUCCUCUGGGCUCCUUUCCUCUCUCCUCUGGGCUCCUCUCCUCUCUCCUCUGGGCUCCUCUCCUCUCUCCUCUGGGCUCCUCUCCUCUCUCCUCUGGGUUCCUUCCCUCUCUCCUCUCUCCUCUGGGCUCCUUCCCUCUCUCCUCUCUCCUCUGGGCUCCUCUCUUCUGGGCUCCUCUCCUCUCUCCCUCUCCCUCUCCCUCUCCCUCUCCCUCUCCCUCUCUUCUCCUCUCUGAACUCUGGGGACCUCUCAAUGUCUCACCCUCUCAAGGUCUCACCCUCUCAAGGUCUCACCCUCUCCAUGUCUCACCCUCACCAUGUCCGGGUUCUCCUCCCGGGUAUGAUGACCCCGCUUCACCCGUCUGCAGCAGAAGAGGUUCCAUGAAUCGAUCAAUAUAUAUAUAUCAAUAUAUAUCAAAUACAGCCGAUGCCAAUAUAGUGGGUUGGGAAAUUGCAAGUAUUUUAAUGUCUAUAUCAUGUAAUGGCAAUCAGUUGAUAGCAUUAAUCUGCAGCUGUGUUCAAUCAAUAUGUAUGUCUCUUGGGAUCUUAUGGGUGCCUGAUUAUAGGAUCUUGUAUGUUUAUUUUAAGGCGGGUUAUGGCAAUAUUAAAAUGAGUCUGAGACAAUCUUGUGUUUAGUUGUGUGUCGCUCCUUAUUGUUAAUAACAUAUUUAAGCGGAACUACACGUCACAUUAACUAUUCUGGCAUUUUACUCUGAUUGUGAUAUAAGUGUGUGUGUGUUUGUUCUCCCGAUACACAUUCUAAAGAAGCACGCACGGAGAGUAGAAUUCUGGUUGAGCAUUUAUUCCAACAGUCCGGUUGACUUUCCAGAAGUUCAAAAGAAAGGAUUACAGGUACAAAUAUCUAAAUAAUAUGAAAGUAUUGGAGUAUCCGUCUGGGUUUGCGUAUGCGGUCGGAGAACUGUUCCUUCUCCGCCAUCUUACCUGCUAAAGUCUCAUGGGCCAAUUAAGCUCUACACAGAAGCCCGUUGAGAGGGAGUGGCUAGGGGAUUACGGUAAACACUAAAAGAUAGUAUUAAGUGCAUUGAUUCAUCUGUAUAAUACCUUAAGUCAACUCAUAAACUUAAAAACAGAACUAUAACUUGAUUAAUAAUGCAGUAAACCUAAUUAUGUCUUCUACAGAGUGUGUGUGUGUGUGAGAGAGAUAGUUAGUGUCUCUGCGGACCCCUCAGGGUUGGACACUGAGUCUUGGAUGGAGAUC